AUGGUGAUGGCUAGGUCUUCACCUUCAUUAUCUUUGUCUUCGUCCUCAUUUGAUUCUUCUAACAACAUGACGACAUGGAUCAUCCAUGGUAUCGUGGCUGGAGUCACAAUCGCAACAGUUGUUGGUGCUCAUGCUUAUCUGACCCGAUUCAACAAAUUUCGGAGCCGAGUCAUCGGCAUCAUACCCGCUAGGUUUGCUUCGUCUCGGUUCCAGGGCAAGCCCUUGGUUCAAAUCCUUGGCAAGCCCAUGAUCCAGAGAACAUGGGAAAGGGCAAAGCUGGCUGCUACAUUGGAUCAUGUUGUUGUGGCAACUGAUGAUGAAAGGAUUGCUGACUGCUGUCGACAAUUUGGGGCUGAUGUCAUAAUGACUGCAGAAUCUUGCCGAAAUGGUGCUGAGCGUUGCAAUGAAGCCGUACAGAAGCUUGGGAAAAAGUAUGAUAUUGUUGUGAACAUUCAAGGUGAUGAACCACUUAUUGAACCUGAAAUCAUAGAUGGUAUUGUCAAAGCUUUGCAGGCAACUCCAGAUGCAGUUUUCAGCACUGCAGUCACAUCUUUAAAGUCUGAAGAUGCGAAUGAUCCAAAUAGAGUGAAAUGCGUGGUCGAUACUCGUGGUUAUGCAAUCUAUUUUUCACGAGGAUUAAUCCCAUUCAACAAGUCUUGGAAGGUCAAUCCACAGUUCCCUUAUUUGCUUCAUCUUGGGAUUCAGAGCUAUGAUGCAAAGUUUCUAAAGAUAUACUCAGAUCUUCAACCUACCCCAUUGCAACUCGAGGAGGACUUGGAGCAGCUUAAGGUCCUUGAGAACGGUUAUAAGAUGAAGGUAAUAAAAGUUGACCACAAUGCUCAUGGUGUGGACACUCCUGAAGAUGUUGAAAAGAUAGAAUCUCUAAUGCGCGAGAGGAACCUGUCUUGA